AUGAAACAGAGGCCUAAGGGUGCUCCAUCAAGGUCAAACCCAUCGAGCGGCGAGACAAAAAAUCAAGAAAAUAGUACUGGUAGAGUGAAUACUACGUUGAAGGACCAAAAUUUAGUAUUGGCUGCCAAGAGGUCGAGUUUCGUGAUAUUUGCCUUGUUAGUGCUGGCUGUAUACGGGGCUUGGGGAGUGUAUCAUUAUCAAUUUGAGCGUUUGCCCAUUCCUUUGAGUUCCCAGCAGGUGGGGAAAAGGGGUUUCUCUGAGCAUGAGGCCCUUAAACAUGUUAAAGCUUUGGCUCGGUUGGGCCCACAUCCCGUUGGCUCUGAUGCCCUGGAGAGUGCACUGAUGUAUGUGAGAGAAGCUGCAGAAAGUAUAAAGAAAACAGCUCAUUGGGAGGUGGAUGUGGAAGUGGAUUUGUUCCAUGCGAAAUCCGGUGCUAACAAUUUGGUUGGUGGCCUUUUUAAAGGGAAAACCCAUCUUUAUGCAGAUUUAUAUCACAUUGUACUAAGAAUCAUGCCCAAAUAUGGAAUUAAAGCCGAAGAAAAUUCAAUUCUGGUCUCCUCCCACAUUGACACCGUCUUUGCAGCGGAAGGAGCUGGUGAUUGCAGUUCAUGUGUGGCUGUUAUGCUUGAGCUUGCUCGAGGAGUUUCUCAAUGGGCUCACGGGUUUAAGAACUCGAUUAUAUUUUUAUUUAAUACUGGAGAGGAGGAAGGUCUGAAUGGGGCUCACAGCUUUAUCACUCAGCAUCCUUGGAGUGAUACAGUACGGCUAGCCAUUGAUUUGGAAGCAUUGGGCAUAGGAGGAAAAUCUGGUAUAUUCCAGGCUGGUCCUCAUCCUUGGGCUAUAGAAAACUAUGCUUCGGUUGUGAAAUAUCCUAGUGCACAAAUAAUCGCCGAGGAUGUUUUUACUUCGGGGGCUAUAAAAUCAGGAACUGACUUUCAAGUGUACAAAGAGCUCGCUCAACUUUCAGGACUCGAUUUUGCAUUCACAGAUAAUACUGCUGUGUAUCACACCAAGAAUGACAAAUUAGAACUUUUGAAGCCUGGUUCUCUUCAACAUCUCGGAGAAAAUAUGCUCGCUUUUUUGCUGCAUGCAGCUGCCUCAAGCAACAUUCCAAAAGGGAAGUCAACAGAAUCAGAUUUGAAAUCCAACGAGGACAAAGCUAUAUAUUUCGACAUUUUGGGUACAUACAUGAUCACAUUCCGGCAGCGCCUUGCCACCAUGAUUUACAAUUCUGUAGUAUUGCAAUCCCUCUUGAUAUGGACAACUUCAGUUUUCAUGGGCGGUUAUUCGGCAGCCAUCUCAGUAGCUCUAUCGUUUUUUACUAUCAUUCUCAUGUGGAUAUUUUCCAUUAGUUUCUCAUCUGCCGUGGCUUUCAUUCUCCCCCUCAUAUCAUCAUCAUCAGCAGUGCCGUUUGUUGCUAGCCCGUGGCUCGUUGUUGGUCUAUUCGGUGCACCUGCCUUUCUUGGUGCGUUGACCGGUCAACACAUUGGUUUCCGUGUUCUUGAGUCCUAUUUGGCGAAUAAUUUAACUGAAAGAAGGAAAAGUUUAUCGGCUGUCUUGAAAGCAAGCGUGGUUAAGCUCGAUGCCGAGAGAUGGCUUUUUAAAGCCGGUUUAUUGCAGUGGCUCGUUUUAUUGAUGGCUGGGAGUUAUUUUAGGGUUGGCUCGACUUAUCUGGCUUUUGCUUGGCUUGUCUCGCCUGCAUUUUCGUAUGGUUUGCUCGAGGCAACAUUAUCGCCAGCGAGGCUGCCUAAGCCGCUUAAAACAGUGACCUUGAUUAUUGGCUUGCUUGUGCCCUUUUUACUCUCUUCCGGCAUGGUUAUUAAGUUGACAGCUAUUGUAAUUGGAAGUGCUGUUCGAACCGUACGGAACCCUGGCAUAACUCCUGAAUGGAUGGUAAAUAUAAUUGUUGCCGUUUUUAUUGCUGCUAUCGAAGCUAACGAUAUUGGGGAGGGGUUCGUUUGCGGCAAGGACAAACAUAUAGAUUUUGUAACUUUUUCCGUAAAUUACAGCUGUUGGUCGGACAAAAAUGCCAAAAAAGGGUGGGCACUUUCGGAUAUACCCACAAUCCAUGUGGACAAGGAUUCAAAAGGAGAGAGCCGAUUUACGCAAGUUACUAUAGAUACAAGAGCUUCUACCCGGUGGUCUCUUGGGAUUAAUGUUGUACAAAUCGAAGAUUUUCAGUUGAAAGAUUCGGAAACUUCCGAGGAGUUAAUCCCAGCUGGCGAAAAGAGCAGUGUGGACGGGUGGCACACCAUUCAGUUCUCGGGCGGUAAAAAGGCACCAACAAAGUUUGCUCUUUCUCUCUUCUGGGCCCAAAACAGCACAAGCCCGACACUGCCCGAGAGCUCGUGUAAAACCCAAAAACCGCUUUUGAGACUCAGAACGGAUGUUGACAAGUGGACACCACAGUAUAAGAAGGUCCUCGAGAAGCUUCCCAAAUGGUGUUCUCUCUUUGGGAAAUCGACAUCCCCACAAACAUUUGCGUUUUUGAGCAGUCUACGGAUUACUUUCUAG